AUGUCCUCGAACCCACCCCCGGCCGCCUCGUCCUCCAAGCUCUCUGCGCCCACCGCUCCCCAGCCGCCCGCCCAGAACCAGUCGGCCUCGGCCACCGUCCACUUCUUCGGCCACCAGCGGGGUACUCUCCCCUUCAAGAACGCCCCCACGCCGAGGAACCAGCAGCCCGGCAAGAAGCAGAACAAGGGCUCCAACAAGUUUCGCCAGGCCCAUGAGGAUUCCCUAGCCGACUCGCUCGCCAUGCCUCCCUCCAGCAACCGAAAAGGGCAGACGUCCAUAACCCACCUGAUGAACUUCAACCUCCCGCCCCGCCCCCCAAACCUCCACCACGCCCACGCCCACGGCAGGAGCUAUCGACGCGUCCCUGCCUGGGGCGUCGGCUCCGGCUACCAUGCCACAGACAAGGCGAGAUAUGUCCACGCCAACUACCGCUUCAUCGUCGAUCCGCGUGGUGACUAUCGCGCUCAGCGCGUCGACGCCGACAUCCACCUGGACUGGAACAACGUCCUGCAGAUCCUGGCCUCGUCCGUCUCCCAGCACGCGUCGUGUCCCAUCUGUCUAGGAACGCCGGUAGCUCCGAGAAUGGCCAGAUGCGGACACAUCUUCUGUCUGCCCUGUCUGAUACGCUACAUGCACGCCGAGGACGAGGCCAAGGAACCCCUCAAGAGGGCUCGUUCGAAAAAGUGCCCGCUCUGCUUCGACACCAUCUACCCAUCCGAGACAAAACCUGUGCGCUGGUACGUCGGACAAGAGGGGGAGCCGCCGAGAGAGGGCGGCGAUGUGGUCCUCCGCCUGGUGAUGCGCUCCGCGGGAAGCACGCUGGCCAUGCCCCGCGAUGGCGCCGAGGUCCUGCGCAAAGACCAAGACAUUCCCUGGUACUUUGCUGCCGAGGUCAUGGAUUAUGCCCGCGUACUUCGAGGGGGAGAGGACUACAUGAUGGAACAGUUCGACAAGGAGAUUGUCGAGCUGCGCCAGCAAGCACAAGAGGACGAGGUCAUGUUUGGUGAUGACAACGUGCAGUGGGCGAAAAAGGCCAUCCGGAACAUCCAGGAGACAAAAGAAAAAGUCCACGGCAUUGGAAAUCCGCCCGAAUCCGCCCUCAAGCCGGCAGAGCCAAAGCCGAAAAGAGCGCCCAUCGUCUUCCGCGAAGAGGCUCCCGACUUCUUUCCCUCCGGCCAGGACGUCGAUGGAGAGCCGGCGCCGGCGCCGGCGCCGGCGCCCAGUGACAACAGCCAGCAGCGGAACAUGUCCAUGUCUUCACAGACCUCGCGCUCGAGCGUGCCAGCAACACUUGCCGAGAUUCGUCAUCGACAACACCACGACCAAAGCCGCACACCGUCCGAAUACUUCUUCUACCAAGCGCUCAUGCACUACUACCUGUCUCCGCUUGACAUACGCAUCCUCAAGGCUGCUUUCGAGAACUUUGCGGCCUUCCCGGCUACCAUCCUACCGCGCGUCGAGCGUGUCUCGACCGGCCAUGUCGUCGAUGACGACUUGAGGAAACGCACAAAGUACCUUGCCCACCUGCCAUACGGCUGCGAGGUCAGUUUCCUCGAAUGCGACUGGACCGACACCGUUGCGCCCGAGGUCUUGGAACGCUUCAUGCCCGACAUCGAGAGGAGGAGGAAGAAGCAUCAGGACAAAGAGGGCCGCGAAGAAAAGGCAAGGAUUCGGGCUGAGAAGGCCGAGUAUGCUGAGUUCAGCUCAGCUCGGAGGAAGCGGCCCAGCAUUUCAGAGUGUUUCUCUGCAAACGACUUCCUGCCACUGGCGUCCAGCAGCAACCCGGAUGGUCAGCCCACCACAGACGGCGAGGACACAUCGACAUCACCACCGUGGCCUGCUCGUCGGGGCGAAGGCUUCGCAUCGCUGGCAUCCCCAUCUACCAGCCCAUCUGCUCCUCGCACUGUGUGGGGCACUACGGCUGUGUCAGGUACUUCGCCCGUGCUCGCGCCCUUGGAGCACGACGGUGACGACGGAUGGCUGCAAGGCUGGGAGAAGGACUUGUUGCAGGAGGAAGAGAUGAUCGCCCAGGCGCAAGCCAUGUCGCUUGGAGACGAAGGCGAGUCGUCGACGUCGAAGAAGCCCGCAGCGGGAAAGGGCAAGAAAAAGAAGAAAAUCACUCUCAUGAGCACAAACGUGCGGAGAGGAGCGUAA